AGUGGAUAGGAAGGUGCAGCAGGGCAGAGGCUGGGUUGCUUUAUAGAGCCUCUUGGGGGUCAGGAGGGUGGGUCAAGUCAGAGUUACUGGGUUUUGCGCUGCGUGGUGUGGGAAUAUUCUACUUGUAUUUAGCGGCCACUCCACACUGUUGAAGGCCUCAGGGCUGCUGCCCAGCUUGCUAACUGGCAAGUCGGUGGCGGAGCCCGGCCCCUGGCCGAUCACCAUGUGGGCCUUCCCGGAGUUGCCGCCGCUGCUGGUGAAUUUGAUCGGCUCGCUGCUGGGAUUUGUAGCCACAGUCACCCUCAUCCCUGCCUUCCGCGGGCACUUUAUCGAUGCAAACCUCUGUGGCAGGGACCUCAACAAACCCAGCACGCAGAAGAUCCCAGAGUCCCAGGGAGUGAUCAGCGGUGCUGUUUUCCUUAUCAUCCUCUUCUGCUUCAUCCCUUUCCCCUUCCUGAACUGCUUUGCGGAGGAGCAGUGUAAGAAGGCAUUCCCCCACCAUGAAUUUGUGGCCCUUAUAGGUGCUCUCCUUGCCAUCUGCUGCAUGAUUUUCCUGGGCUUUGCUGAUGAUGUACUGAACCUGCGCUGGCGCCAUAAGCUGCUGCUGCCCACAGCUGCCUCAUUACCUCUCCUCAUGGUCUAUUUCACCAACUUUGGCAACACUACCAUUGUGGUGCCCAAGCCUUUGCGACUGGUUCUUGGCCUGCAUCUGGACUUGGGGAUCCUAUACUAUGUCUACAUGGGACUGCUUGCAGUGUUCUGUACCAAUGCCAUCAAUAUCCUAGCAGGAAUUAAUGGCCUAGAAGCUGGCCAGUCACUAGUCAUCUCUGCUUCUAUCAUUGUCUUCAACCUGGUGGAGCUAGAAGGUGAUUACCGGGAUGAUCAUAUCUUUUCCCUCUACUUCAUGAUACCUUUUUUUUUCACUACUUUGGGAUUGCUCUACCAUAACUGGUACCCAUCACGGGUGUUUGUGGGAGAUACCUUCUGUUACUUUGCUGGCAUGACCUUUGCCGUGGUAGGCAUCUUGGGACACUUCAGCAAGACCAUGCUACUCUUCUUCAUGCCACAGGUGUUCAACUUCCUCUAUUCACUGCCUCAGCUCCUACACAUCAUCCCUUGCCCUCGACACCGUGUACCCAGACUCAAUACCAAGACAGGCAAGCUGGAGAUGAGCUAUUCCAAGUUCAAGACCAAGAACCUAUCUUUCUUGGGCACCUUUAUAUUAAAGGUAGCAGAGAACCUCCGGUUAGUGACAGUGCACCAUGGUGAGAAUGAGGAUGGUGCCUUCACUGAAUGUAACAACAUGACUCUCAUCAACUUGCUAAUUAAAAUCUUUGGGCCCAUACAUGAGAAAAACCUCACAUUGCUCCUGUUGCUGCUUCAGAUCCUGGGCAGUGCUGUCACAUUCUCCAUUCGGUACCAGCUUGUCCGACUCUUCUAUGAUGUCUGAGUUCCUGAAGACUGCCCUUUACCUUACAAGUUUCCAAGGGUCCUGACCAGGGCCAACCUCUGUCUGGUCCAAGACUGCCUUCUGGCCCAGUCCUCUCCCACUCUUCACUCUCCUCCUGAUUUUGUUGUGAGCGUUUCCCCUGAGCUGUGCUUAGUGACAUCUGGGCUCUUCAGUACUAUCGAUUUGGAUUUUGCCUAUGGCUUUCUUCAACUUGCCACUCCCUCUUUCUAUCCCAUCUUUGCACCAUCCUAUGAUGGGAUGGCCACAGCUUUUACGCAGAUAUCCACAACUCAACCUUCAGAGUCCUGACUCCAGGAAGAUGCUGGGGUUCCGGAUGGAACUCGUUAGGGCUGGCUAGGGCCACAGACUUGAAGGUGACUUCUCAUUUGACUAUAAAUGAAGUAUUCUAAUUAGUAAGAGCAGGCAUGGGGCCAAGUGCUCCCAAUAGUGACAAUAAAGUAUUGCUUUUUUCUUGUUGUU